GGGCCUAACACACACAAAACGACACUUCCCGUCAUCUCUGUGGAAUCAGGAAAUGCGUCAUCAACAACCCAUCUGAGUCACACUCCAAAUCGGUUGAUCUUUUUCAGGUAUUUGGACCAUGAAUUUCCAGAUACACCCCGCGUCAUUCCAGCGAAUACAGCUGCUCUCCAGGCGUCAUUUGCGCGCAAUACCUUGCCGAGCCUGUUGGCGACGCCUAUCCGGCCGACCCUUCUCCCUACCAUCCAUCAGAGGCUUGAUGAAAGGGGGGCAAGCUAUUUCCGCGAGACACGCGAAAAGGCAUUUGGCAUGAAAUUGGAAGAGGUUUCUCCACCAGGAGACAAACGAGAAGCCCACCUUAAGGCGGUACAAAAGAGCUUCAAUGCGUUGUCGGACAUGCUCGACAUGAAUGGACCGAGCAACGUCGAUUGGGUUAUGGGGAGUGUAGGUCCUACAUUUGCUGAUUUUGCUAUUGGUGGUAUCUUGAGGUGGGUUAGGUAUAUGGGUGAUGAGGAACUGUGGAGUGCGGUCAGUGCUUGGAAUGGAGGGAG